AUGUUUUUUUUUCUUUCAGCCCCCAACGGAACCGUGAACAGCCCGAUUCUAACGAACUGGACAACGGCAGUGGUACCAAACGUGACCGAUAUAUUACAACAGAAUCAGACGAUCAUUGUCUCCACCAGGACCCCUAUUCACGUCGCAACCGCGAACCCCGGUGGCACCGUAGAGCGCACUACUCCGUCGAGCAUUCCAAACUGGAAUAUCAGUUGGUUCGCCCCGAAACCGGACGGUUGCAGUCGGACCAAUCGUAUGGCCUGUGAAGAGUGGCAACUGGUACAACAAGUUGAGCAGCACGUGUUCACCUCGUUCGUGAUCAUCUAUCUGGCGGCCCAUGCAAUCUUCAUAUUUUGGUUGUAUUUCGAUGCCAGCCGGAGGAGACGUGAAAUGCGACAGAAAGAUCGUGACUAUCGGGUAAGUUGUAAAUUCCGUUGUCAUUUUUUGAUUUGA